CAGACAGCUGCGCCUCCUCCUAUUGUUUCAACUAGUAUUAUUGGCGUUACGGAUAUCUUCAAUGAAAAUUCCACCUAUUGACAAAGACUACGUUGUUAAUAUAGAUCAUGUUUAGACGCCAUUUCACGCUGAGAGGCUGAGAGCUACACUUCUCUUUUAAAUGUUAAGAUUUGCUAUGUAUUUGUGAAUGCAAAAUUUUGCUCUCACAUUUCCUACAUUUUCUUUGGCAUUAAACGCACCAAUGAUCAAAUAUAGACGCGGCCAAGUGAGAACGACGAGUCCUUCCGGUUCCGGGAGGAAUAAAAAAAAAAAAAAAAAAAAAAAACACAAACAAACAAGAACUCUACCAUGGCAACCGCCACAAGCUCCGUUUUCGUGCUGCUUGUUGCGCUAUUCAAUGUGUCUUCGGCAGACAAGUUAAAAUACAAAGCGGCCACCAAACCAGUGAGGUUAUUCACCGAGGAGGAGCUCCGGCGGUACGACGGCAAUCGCGAAGGAGAGCCCAUUUACAUGGCGAUAAAAGGGGUGGUGUUUGACGUCACCGAAGGAAAAGAGUUUUACGGCAAACACGGGCCCUACAACGCUCUAGUGGGUAAGGACUCCACUCGAGCCGUGGCCAAAAUGUCGCUCGAGGAAGAAGACCUGACGUCGGAUAUCUCGGGCCUAACGGCGGAGCAGCUGCGGUCCCUGGAGAGCAUCUUCGAGGGCACGUACAAAUCCAAGUACCCCAUCGUGGGCUAUACGGCCGCACGCAUCCUCAACCAGGACGGGAGUCCCAACGAGGACUUCAAGCCCGAGGACCAGCCGCACUUUCACAUCAAAGAUGAGUUUUGACCUCAUCUGUUCCUUUUCUACUUGAAUUUAGCAUUGUUAGGUUGUCGCUUUGUGAGCUGUUACUCUUAUGUUACGAAACAUGAUGUUUACGUUUGAAACAAAUGACUGACUGAUUUCUAUUGAAUAAACACACUUCUGAAUCAUUUGUUUUCAAAUAUUUAUUCAUCCCCCUCCCCAUCGGAAGUCAACACAACAUUGGCCGGCAUGUUUCUGAUUAUCUCAGUGGGAAUCACGAUUGCGAAACAAUUGUCGUUAAUCGUUCAGGGAUUGUUCAGAGAUCGGUAGACACAAGGGACCAGGUUCACGAGCGCAAGUGG